AUGGAUUUCAGUGGAAACGUGAAGAAUCCAUUCCUCUUCGACGACCCAGCACCACCAGCUGACGUCGGGGAUACAGCUGCCAAUCCCUUCCUCAUGGGAGGUGCCUUUGACUAUUCGGCGGUAAGCUAUACGGGAAUCAAUCCUUUUAGUGACCAGAUUGAUGACUCCAACGCAGCGGCCGCGGGUCUCUUCGGAGAUCCUGCGGCUUAUCCUUCUGAUAUGAAUCCAUUUGGCGUUGCAGCGCAGCCAUUUGGUGAUAUGACCAAAGAAUCUGAUUUGUUUGGAACACCUGUAUCCCAAGGCGACCUGUUUGGAGGACCAGAAGUAAUCGAUACAACACCAAUGCCGCAACCUGCUCAUCCAACGCCUCCAGCUCGACCUCCUGCUCCAUCAUCUCCUGUUGUUGACUUAAUGAAUGACAGUCCUCCAGCAGAGAACACAGCUGUGGCUCCGGGAAGACCACCACCACCUAGACCACCUCCCCCUUCAAAAGAGACUAAAGACCUCUUACAGACAGUAAUUGGCGCAAUGGAAGCAACUACAGAUACCCUUCAUGAAAAGCUCACGACCACACGAACGCCUUGUCCAUCACCUGGAAGUGGCGCUCCUACUUCUCGCAGCCCAACGCCCGACAUCCAAAUUACAUCCCCGAAGAAAGACUCAGAUGCCUUCAGUGCUAUCUUUGGCCAAACGAUAGACAUGGACAGUGAUCACGAAAUAGAGGAGACGAAAAGUACUGCAAACGCAGAUGUAGCAGCACCAACUUCUACCUCAGAUGAUUUUGAUCUUUUCGGUGAUACUCCAGUGCAGAAACCAAGAACCAACCAAGACAUUCUUAGCCUGUUCAAUAAGCCCCAAACAUCUCAGUCACCACAGGUAGAUCUGUUAUCCGAUGAUCUGCCUGAAGCAGACUCUACAGCUGAAAAUGAGGAAACAGAUAAGCAGAGUAUAUCUGACUUACUCUCUGGUGCUACAAUUGAAGACUCAAAGCCCACACCAUCUCCUGAUGAGGUCCAAGUGACAUCUGCUACCCCUUCGUUGUCAGAGGAGGUGACUGUUAAUGAUACAGCAGCGAUCGCAGAGUCUCCUGCUAAAAGUGAUGGCCCAAGUGACAUGAUCCCCUUGGAAGAGUCCGUUUCUCCAGAGCAAGUGAGCGAAAAAACGGAUAGUGAACCUACAGUAAUCGAAGCAGCUGACCAAGAUACCGGUGAAGAAAUUUGUAAAAUAUCAGUAGCAGCAGCUGAUGCUCCAGAUACAUCUUCGGUAGGAGAGGAAAAAAUAGAAGCUAUGGAAGUAUUUGGUUCACCUGAACCUAUGCCUCCUACUAUUAAUAGCGAGCACUCAAACUCAUCUAAUUCAUCAAGUCAUCUCAGUACUCCUGUGAAAGCUGCUCCAGCAGAGCCUUCGAUAAAUGAAGAUGAUCAAGAAGAUCAGAAUAAUGAAGAAAAUACUGACGCAUUUGGUAUGUCAGACGUACCGUCUUCUAACAGUGAACAAGUUAAUGCUUUUGGAGAUAAGAGUGCCCCUGCCACUGACGCUUUUGGAGAAAUACCAACAAGCACUCCUGCCAUCGACUCUUUCGGAGAAGUACCAGCAAGCGUCCCUGAGACCGAUGCUUUUGGAGUAAUACCGGACACAUUUGGUACAUCCACUGUGCCUGAUAAAGGGGCGGAGCUCUUUGGAGACACAUCUGGUCCUUUCGCCAGUUCCAUUCCUACUGGUGAUGCCCUCUUUGGAGGAUCCUCUGGUGCCAGUCUUUUUGGAGAUGUUCCUCAGACGGUACCUCCAGAUUCUUCAGCAGCAGGACUCUUCGGUGAUGUGUCACAGGUUGCGCCCCCAGGCUCUCCAGCCAACAGUCUCUUUAGUGAGGCCGGUCAAGCCGCACCCCCUGCCUCUCCAGCAGCUGGGCUUUUUGGCAACACCCCUUCUUCUGGAUCUUCGGCCUUCGAUAUAUUCGGAAGUAGUACUGCACCAGUAUCUGCACCCUCAGGCGCAGAUUCCACUGGUGCCGCGCUCUUUGGGUCCUCAGCACCUGCUCCUAAUGUCGGCAUGAGCUUAUUUGGAGGAGGAGCAGAGCCGUCCCUAGAUAUCUUUGCAGAAAGUGAAGGAAAUUCCAUGGUAAAUCCAUUUGCGCAACCAACACCUGCACCGGCAUCUGUUCUGGGCGUGGCACCUAAAACUGGUCCGGACAGCGUCAAAGUAGCUACGGACGAAGAAUUUGACGCAUUCUCCGCUAGGUUCGAUAAUGCUGGGGCUGAAGGUGAAGAUGAAUUACAUCAUGAUCCAUUUGCCUCCACGGCUCGAGCGGCCUCACCUUGGGGAGACACUACAGCAGCUGGUGGGGCAGGCGGAGAGGGCUUCGGGUUCGGCGAUAGCAGUGGCUUCGACCCCUUCCUGGCCCUCAAUGAACCCCCACCGGUCCCUCAAUCUACGCCACGCCGCACCGCUCGCCAACCUUCUGGUGAUUCGGACGAGGGAACCAUGAGUGUAGUAAUAAAGCCGGCAGGAUUGGAGGCUUCCGGGGCCUCACCUAGGACAGUUUCUCCUGUGCCUGUGCUCGCCCCACCACCAGCAGCUGUGGGAGCUGCAGCAUUUACUGACACAUCACCAAGAUUUAAUCCUUUCGAUCGCGGUGCAGAGGACGUAGCAGAAGCAGCUGUCGAUGCUAAAGCCGUCCCCGGCGCACUCGAGAGAACUGAUUCUCAAGAGACACCGCCGACGCCACUCUUCGAGGAAGAUCAGUCGCAGCCACUGGAGCCGUUCCCGCGCACCCACCUGACUGGGACCCUCUGGGAGAUGCAUCUUCGACAGCCUAAUAAGAAAAAAAUUACUGGUCAGAGCCUCUCUCACUUCCAAAAAAAAGAUGGACGAGGAGGUUUGACGAACAGAUUCUGGAAAAAGGUAUUCGUCAAGCUAACAGAAGGAUCGUGUUUGCAGCUCUUCAAUAGCAAGGAUGACAAAGAUCCUUUCCAGGAACUCCCCCUUCAAGCCUGUUACUCUGUUUCUGAUAUAGGAGCGCAACAGUUUGAUCAAUUUGGCAAGAUCUUCACUGUGAAGGUACAGUAUAUAUUCUACAAGGAGCGGCCCGGUGUACGGCCAGGCCAAGUUUCUAAAGCGGAGCGACUUACUACUAAGAUUUCUAAAUUCGCGCAACACGCCAUUGCCGGAGAUUACGAGCAUGUAAAGGAGUUUGCCAGCGACGUGCGAAAACUAGGCAUGCCGGUGGAACACGCCCCGCAGAUUUCUCAACUCCUCAAAUUGGGCACUCAAAAUUACGAAGAUCUAAAGGUGUUUUCGUCACUGGUCGAGGAGCAACUCUUCAAGCUCACGGUACAUCGCGAUCGAGCACUCAACUACAAGUCUGAGGAGGUGCAGCUGACAGCCGUGGACGAGAUUUACGUGGAACAGGACCUGAAGGGCGUCGUGCACCGCAUGAUCGCCCGCGUCAGAAUUUUCUUCCUCGGGUUUCUCUCAGGAAUGCCGGACGUGGAUUUAGGCAUCAAUGACAUGAGGAAGCAGGGGCGAGAGGUUGUGGGUCGCCAUGAUAUUAUUCCAGUCAUUACUGAGGAAUGGAUUCGUCUAGAGGCUGUCGAGUUCCACUGCUGUGUUGACGGCGAGGAAUUCGAAAAGACACAACACAUUAAAUACAAGCCUCCAGACGCUUGCUACAUCGAGCUUAUGAGAUUCCGCGUUCGACCGCCCAAGAAUCGAGAGUUGCCGCUGCAAGUCAAGACGAAAAUUACGAUUGAAGGUCGACGCGUAGACAUUAGCUGUGAGAUCCUUGUGCCUGGGUUCUCCGGCAGGAAGCUUGGGCAGGUGCCGUGUGAGGAUGUGGUGGUUCGCUUCCCGCUGCCAGAGUGUUGGAUCUACAUGUUCCGUGUUGAGAAGCACUUCAGAUAUGGUUCCGUCAAGUCGGCGCACAGGAGAACGGGGAAGGUGAAGGGUAUCGAACGUCUCAUGGGGACAGUGGAGACGCCAGAGUCUGCGUUGAUGGAAGUCACGUCAGGUCAGGCCAAAUACGAACACCAGCAUAGAGCCAUUGUGUGGAGAAUGUCACGUUUGCCCAAGGAAGGUCAAGGAGCCUACACUCAGCACUCCUUUUCCUGUCGCAUGAGCUUGACCGCCUAUGACCAGAUGCCUGAAUCCUUCGACAAAUACUGUUAUGUGGAAUUCACUAUGCCAGCCACCACCGUGAGCCACUGCGUGAUGCGCUCUGUCUCCAUAACUAGCGAGGACCCGCCGGAGAAAUAUGUGCGGUACUUAGCGCGCCAUGAAUACCGCAUCGAGAUGGAGUUCUGUUCGGGUUCAGGUCCUUCAGAGUAUCUCGCUGCCACCAUGAAGGCCUCCGAUCAGCUUCAGAAGGAAAAGGAGGAGGAAGCUCGGAAACAGGACAUAAAGCAGCAGCAGAACAACGAGUCGAGCAGCGACGAUUCUUCCUAACAGUGCAAUGCUUAAAAGUACCAAGCCCCUCUCGCUGCACCUGGAGCAGUCCUAAGAAGGAUCUAACUCUUCUUAUUAGGACUCAUGCUUCCUUAUAAAAAAAAUAUUCAUUUGAGGUGCAGUUGCAUAUGUAAAUGUGUAUGUGUGCGUGUGACGUCAGUGUGAUGGUGCUGGUGCCGGCCGUUCUUGCCCGCCGGGAACUGAUAAUGUAGUGAAAUACAUGGCAGAUGAAUAUUAUCUUGUAGUGCCUAAUCCCGUAUUGUUAUUUUGUGCCAAAGGCAAAAUGUAUGGAAAAGUAUAAUAUGAAUAAUGAACAGGAUGAUGAAGAUGAUAAUGAUAAUAGUAAUAAUAAUAAUAAUAAUAAUAAUAAUAAUAAUAAAUAAUAAUAAUAAUAAUAAUAAUAAUAAUAAUAAUAUGGCGAAGGCUUCCCGACGCCCUGGUUGCAGUAUAAGAGUGUAUACUACCCUCCGUGUCGUGUCUUGUGUCGUGUGACGCUGCUGCGUGUCGCCGUCUCUACCACAGUGGAACAGUUCCUCAUAGUUGUUGUACCUCAGAAGAAAAAUCAUUGUAAUAACACUUUAAGAGGGAGCAUAAGAGAGUUUUCAGUUGGUCGGGUGCUCGCGUAUAGGUGUGCGAUCUGCGUAGGUAUCAGACGAUUGAUCGCAGUGUGACAAAGUGUGACCUUACCGAACACUGCCUCUGAAAGUGACAUACACAAAACAUGUGGCCUCAGUCGUGGCACCUCUUCUCAAUGUUGCAAUGAUUGAAAAGUAGGUCGAUAUUGCAGAAAAUAAUCCCUUCCUUUAGUCGACCUUCCGCCUAAAUACUCGUCUCGUGUGUCAUGCUUGGCUCAAUGGUGGUCGGAGUCUACAAGUGAUAAAUAUCAUGUGAUGGAAACUCCAGUCGAGUAUUUGGGUGUGCGGCACUAAAGCUGUUGCACACCACUAAACACAGAAACAUCAACAUCUGGUCAGACAGGCAAACCCUUUCCCUUGACAGGAACCUGAACUUCCGGACCUGACACACCUUCUUUUCCUUCACGUUGCUGUUCUUAACUGUAACAUUAUUUUCUUUAGUUUGGGUAAAUGAAUGACUCUCAUACACAUGAAAUUAAAUUACACUCUGAAUAUUUUGAAUGAGUCAAUUCCGUUUUGUCAUGUUUUUCACCCUCUUGAACAGACUUCUGACAUCUUGAGUGUGAGAGUGACGAUAAUGAUGCUCUCUCGUCGUUACUUACUGCUUGCGGGCGUUCUUCCGCUCCGGCCUAUUUACCUCCCUUGCAACUUGUGCAGAUAUAUAAGGCUCGUUCAUUGUACUCUUGUCUACUUAUAUAAGCAUGUAAGGACGAUAUCAAUACCAUAAUAUUACUCGGAAAAUAUACCUAAACACACACACACACACGUUUUCCCUUCACGUGUCUCGUCUGUAUUUUGUAGGUAAUAUUGUCUGGACACACUCAUGCCUCUCUCCUUCUGUUUCCUCAAGUCACGGUGGCUCCCAAGGGUCCAAUCCAGCACACAAGAGCCGUCUGUUUUCUUCGGUGUUCUCAGCUAACAUAAACAUUUUGGCUGGUGAGCGUUAAUAAUAACAAAGGCAAUAGUCAGGUGAGAGGUGUGGCCAUCCUGCUAAGGGAAGGAUGUUCCUCCUCCCUCAUUUCUUAAUAACUCGGCUCCCACUUUUUAGUUUAAGAUCAGUAUGCAGGCCAACUGCAUGGUCACGGUUGUUGUAAAUAAAAUGUUUUUUAGCGCUUAAGAAUAUUUAUGUAUUUUGUUUCUUCGUUUGACGUUACAACUGGCGGCGAUGUUUGAGCCACAGUGACGUGUUGCAGCAACAUACCAAAGACGUAGAAGAUAUAUUCCAACUGGAGCCGCCCCUCCUUGGGCGUCCAACACCUUCCCACCAACCCUACAACACAGGGGUCGGAGGUGGGCAGGGUCGCCAGCCACUCAGGGGAGAGGCGGUGCUCAGUUACUAGCUUCUGUAAGUAAAUAAUUCCUCAAGCUGUAUAAUAAACUCCAGCAUAUCCAUCGUGAUGUCGCCGGUAAAUGGCGUAUGUGGCGGCCUGCCCAGACCCACCACUAGCGGCCAGUGUGUGUGUGUGUGUGUGUGUGUGUGUGUGUGUGUGUGUGUGUGUGUGUGUGUGUGUGUGUGUGUGUGUGUGUGUGCAUGUGCGUGUGCGUGCGUGUACGCACGUGGGGUGUGCGCUGUGUGGAAAAGUGAAUGCAAGUUCCGGAAUCGGAUUUUUUUUCUGUAUGGCAAGAGUCCUUCAUUUUAAGUUCUCUGGCCUUGAGAACCAUAAAGAGCUGAGGAGUAGCGGUAACUGAUGUUGAUUAACAUGUACAUAUACAUAUACGUGAAGUAUGGCCGCCGUGCCGACAGUGGUACCUGUGGUGAGUUACCACUUCUGUGUCAUGCAGAACUUGGAAUUAUAGAAUCUCAUUGUUUCAUUUGCUCUCUUACAUUAUUUUUCACUACCCUGGGAACAAUUCUGUCUUCCUCCUCCCAAGGGCCGUCGUUAGCGCCUUGCUGGAGGAAACCCUGAAACACCCUUAAUUCACUGCAUCCCUAGGAGCUCAGCGCGACGGGCCUUGGGAGGUGGGAGAGCGAUAUUCUCGGGUGGCAGGUUGGGAUGAGUGCAAUAUCUAGUCAUUAGUGUUAAGGUUUAGCGUAGAGACUGAACAGUGUAAAUAGUGCAAAGUGUCUUCACCAUCAGCAGAAGGUUCCGUGCCCACUUACCAAGGACGUGACUCGCGCCGUCCCGCUCUCCGCCCACCGGAUUGCGGGGGGAGGGCCGGCGCUGUCCACUAGCUUGUCACCAAGCGAAAAGUGCCGCGCGGCGAGGCUAUAACCAAUAAAUGUUACAAAAUAGUGUAAUGUCAGGUUGACUUUUUUUUCGAAAGACUGGCACACAGAUUCUCAUGGAUACACUAUAUAAACGAUUCAUGUACUUAAAAGAAUAUAUGUAUUAAAAAUCUUCCAUUGUUUACUGUAUCUAUGGCAAAAUAGGCAUCCAUUAUCAAGUUAAAAAAUUCAUAGUUUACCUCCCUAAUCCACGCCCCAGUCUGGCCCCGUGAACUUCAUCCAUCACGCACACCUCCACACUCCCUCGCCUACCCUGCCCACUCCCCAUUCACGGAAGCACGGGCGGGAUGGGCCGAGCUGACGUGAGUAGGUGGAUGUUGGUGGCGGUGGCACGGGUCGGCUGGUUGGCUCCUCUGUAUGUUGUAGUGUCGUCCCGAGCGUGUGUGUCAUGUGUGUAGCCCGUAACGAGGCAAAAUAAAAGUGAAAUGUUGAAUGAAA